CAGCAAUUCAAUUCAAACAAGCGAAGAGAACACAUCUCAAAAGUGAAACAAAGCGAGCUACCAAAAGCCAAAACAACUGCAAAAAGCAAAGUAAACCAUUUCUAAAAAACUCAAAUUGAACAAAAGAAGAAACCAUACGCAUUGAGAAGAAAAAACUACCUGCGACAGUAAAAGCAGCAAUUAAUACACGUUCCAGUGCAUCUUAAACGCAGCCAGAAACCAUAAACAGAAACAGAAUGCCGGCUAUUGGCAUCGACUUGGGCACCACGUACUCCUGCGUGGGUGUCUACCAGCACGGAAAGGUGGAGAUCAUCGCCAACGACCAGGGAAACCGGACGACGCCCAGCUAUGUGGGAUUCACAGAGUCGGAGCGCCUGAUUGGCGACGCCGCCAAGAACCAGGUGGCGAUGAACCCGAAGAACACAGUGUUCGAUGCGAAGCGCCUGAUUGGGCGCAGGUACGACGAUCCCAAGAUUGCGGAGGACAUCAAGCACUGGCCGUUCAAGGUGGUAAGCGAUGGAGGCAAGCCAAAGAUUGGCGUUGAGUUCAAGGGCGAAGCGAAGCGCUUUUCCCCGGAGGAGAUCAGCUCGAUGGUGCUGGUCAAAAUGAAGGAGACGGCCGAGGCUUAUCUGGGCCAGACCAUCACAGACGCAGUCAUCACAGUGCCUGCCUACUUCAACGACUCACAGCGCCAGGCCACGAAGGAUGCUGGCCGCAUCGCAGGCCUCAAUGUGCUCAGAAUCGUCAAUGAGCCGACGGCGGCCGCGCUGGCCUAUGGCCUGGACAAGAAUCUGAAGGGUGAGCGCAACGUGCUCAUCUUCGACCUGGGCGGCGGAACCUUCGACGUGUCCAUCCUGACCAUCGACGAGGGAUCCCUGUUUGAGGUGCGGGCCACUGCCGGAGACACCCAUCUGGGCGGCGAGGACUUUGACAACCGACUGGUCACACACCUAGCAGACGAGUUCAAGCGUAAAUUCAAGAAGGAUCUGCGCUCCAACCCUCGUGCUCUGCGACGCCUCCGAACGGCGGCCGAGCGGGCCAAGCGCACCCUCUCCUCCAGCACGGAGGCGACCAUUGAGAUAGACGCUCUGUUCGAGGGCCACGACUACUACACAAAGAUGAGCCGCGCACGUUUCGAGGAACUGUGCGCCGACCUCUUCAGGAACACAUUGCAGCCGGUGGAGAAGGCCCUCACCGACGCCAAGAUGGACAAGAGCCAGAUCCAUGACAUUGUGCUCGUAGGCGGCUCCACGCGCAUCCCUAAGGUGCAGAGCCUCCUCCAACAGUUCUUCAACGGCAAGAGCCUCAACCUGUCCAUCAAUCCAGACGAGGCGGUGGCCUACGGCGCUGCUGUCCAGGCCGCGAUCCUCAGUGGCGACCAAAGCGGCAAGAUCCAGGACGUGUUGCUGGUGGAUGUGGCGCCGCUCUCCCUCGGCAUAGAGACUGCUGGCGGAGUGAUGACAAAGCUGAUCGAGCGCAACUGCCGCAUUCCCUCAAAGCAGACCAAGACCUUCUCGACGUACGCCGACAACCAGCCCGGAGUGUCAAUCCAGGUGUUCGAGGGCGAGCGCGCGAUGACCAAGGACAACAACGCCCUGGGCACCUUCGAACUGUCGGGAAUUCCUCCAGCACCGCGAGGCGUGCCUCAGAUCGAAGUCACUUUCGACCUGGACGCCAACGGCAUCCUCAACGUCACUGCCAAGGAAAUGAGCACGGGCAAAGCCAAGAACAUUACCAUACAGAACGACAAGGGCCGCCUAUCCCAAGCUGAUAUCGACCGCAUGGUGAACGAGGCAGAGCGCUACGCCGACGAGGAUGAGAAGCAGCGCCAGCGCGUAUCCUCACGCAACAGCCUGGAGGGUUACGUCUUCAACGUCAAGCAGGCCGUGGAACAGGCCGGAUCCGAUAAACUGAGCGAGGCCGAUAAAGCUUCCGUUCUGGAGAAGUGCAACGAGACCAUCAAGUGGCUGGACAUGAACACCACCGCCGAGAAGGAGGAGUUCGACCACAAGAUGGAGGAGCUCACCAAGCACUGUUCCCCGAUAAUGACCAAGAUUCAUCAGCAGGGCGCUGCGGCAGGUCCAGCGGCAGGAGCCAACUGUGGCCAGCAGGCCGGCGGAUUUGGAGGCUUUUCUGGACCCACUGUCGAGGAGGUCGACUAAGGGACGCUUGUAAGGAGCCGAAGCCAUAGAGAUUUUCAUACUUUGAUGAAUUUAUUCAAAGUUUAUUUUAUGCAAAUUUUAAAGUGAUAACAAUGACAGUGGAUCUCUCUCCAUAAACUGUCUUAGUAUUAGCAAUUUAAUUGUUUAGUUUUAUGUUAGCAGCCAAUUGUAAACGUCUAAGUUAGCGAAAAGUCUGAAAUA